UAGUACCAGUAGCUGGUAAGGCUGUCUUCAUAGGAGGCCUAGCCUAGAUCAAUCCCGAAAGAAUUGAUUUAGUUGCGCCUAAGCUUGGCACAGGUUGUAUCACAAACAUUUAUUUAUGUAGAUCAUUGUGUUGAUAAUAGGCUAAUUAUUACGUAAAUUGAAAGGGUAACAUAUUCGACGAAUAAAGAUGAGUAACCCAGGCCCAACGCCAAGCCCAAAUCAGUCCCAACCUGCUGGAAGCAGCGGCGCUGCAGCUGGCACGAAUGGAUCUGCCCCUCCUCCAUCCAUCAGCAGUGCUGCACCUACAGGCUCUGCAGUGUCCGAGUACACAAAUCGUGGACCAGGUGGAUUGCCUGGAGAAUUAACAUGUCGUCCAAUGGGAUUGGUUGUAUUGACAGGUUUAGACAUAACUUACAACGCCAUUCAUCGAGAUAUAUGGGAUUCGUUUGUUUCUGGAAGACGACCAGAUAGAGUACCACUUAAUUUUAAGGUGUUACCAGGAGAUCAUGAAUAUCCAAAGUGUCGAUCUAAGCAACGAACGUCUUACGAAUGGUACAUUCCAAAAGGAAUCUUGAAGUCAGGUUGGAUGAAGAAACAUCUGGCUGAGGUUCCAUCUCUCGUUGUUCUUUUCUUCGAUUUAGAUUGGGAUGAGAAUCUAUGGAAAGAGCGACAGAUGGAGUGUGCUACCAGGGUAGAAGUUGUAAGGACAAGCCUACAAGGACGCUCAACAAGAGUUGCUGUUGUCUUGAUUCAGAAGAAUGCACCCCUUCCUCCAGGUGAAGACGUCGUAGCAGCAGAGAGGGCAGCAGCACUUUGUGCUGCUUGUGACCUGUCUGCUAAGUCACUGUUUGUUCUUCCAUGGACUGGGCAUCUCCUAGGGUACACAAUCAGGUUAGAGAAUGCUUUUUAUGAAUUAUCUCAGAGUUACUACCACAUGGAGGCACGUAAAGUGAAGGCUCACAGAGAAUUUUUGAAUAAAACCACCCACCAGCUUUUGUUUGUUAGGCAUGCAUUCAAGAUUGCUUUCUUUAGUGAACUAAAACAAGAUGCACAGAAUGCUUUAAAACAGUACAAAACAGCAUAUGUUCACUUGACUGAGCUGAGAGCGCAUGAUAGCAAUAUGCUAGAAAUAAAAACAAUUGCAGGUUUCAUUAAUUAUAAGAUUUGUCAGCAACUUUUCACUCAUAAUGCACCAUUGGAUGCAAUCAGUCAAUUCCGUAAACAUAUUGAUUUGUUUAAGAAUCGAGUUGGCUGCCCAGAGCUUGCAUUUGAGCAUUCUGAUUGGAUGUCAAAACAAUUUAGUAUAUUUGGUGAACUUUUUGAUGAAGCGAUCAAGAUGGGAUUGACGGCCAUCCAAACUCAACAUCCUGGUUUCUACUACCAACAGGCCGCCAAUCAUGCUAUUGCUAGGAAACAGCUCUGUAGAGGGCUCUGUCUGCAUGCAACAUAUAUGCCAAGUCCUAAUCCACUUGAUGGAGCUGAUAAUCUAGAUUUCUUCGGUCAACGUCCAUGGCGCCAGGGUCACCAAAGCAUCGAUCCACCAGAUGCCCAGAUGGAGAAGGAAGGCAUUACAGCGCUUCAGUAUCAAGAACUCCAAGUAGAUCACUCGUGGAUCAUUAUACCAUUGUUGAGCAGCGCUGUCGCUCAAUUUAAAAAGUACAAGUCGGCUAGGAUGAAGCGCUUUUUAAUGGUGCAGAUGGGUGAAGAAUACUACCAUGCCAAAGACUAUAGCAAAGCCCUCACACUUCUUGGACGUGUUACCUGGGAUUAUCGUAGCGAACGUUGGUGGACCCUUCUCACUUCGAUUCUACUUACAUCUCUCAGGUGUGCUUACCUGGUUGCCAGCUUGGAAGAGUAUGUUACAAUUUCACUAGAGCUCAUGGGUAGAUAUUCACAAAGUUCUCCUGAAGAAAAGACAAGAGUACAAAUGAACCUAAUACGUGUUAUGUCACAUGUUCCACCUGAAGCCGAACCUGGUUGUUCAUCAGAUGCAGUAGAGCAGGCAAAGGCACUGUGGAAGGGGGAAGCAGCAAAUCCACAAGAACCAAUCAAAUUCACUUUAGAAAUGCAGAAUAUUGUACCAUUUGUUGAAUGUAAAGCUUGCUUCACCAGCACAAGAUUCACUGCUGAUCUUCCUAUCACUCUGAAUGUGUAUCUCAGACCUACUUGCCAGUUUCCCAUUCGCUUUUCAAAGCUUUCUGUCCAGCUUAGUAACUCCAUCUAUAACCCACAAUGCAUUGUAACAGACGGGCAGCCAAUAGGAGAGCCAAUCAUGCCUCAUGAUAGCGACAUGUCGGGCGACCUAUACCUCAUACCAAAUAAGGUCAAAGUUUACAAAUUCCAGUUUAUAGCCAUUCCUGAAGAUGUUGGCAAGAAAAUUGAGAUUGUGUCUGUAUCACUAUCUCUUGGUGAUGAAGCCACUCGUUGUGCCACGUUGAAUUGGUCUGGUGGAGGUGGCGAUGCAGCCUCAGUAACCAACAUCCAGGAAUGUGUUCCUAAGAGGAGAGGAGAACCAAAAGAGGAUGAACUGGACUGGCAUCUCAUUAAGAUAGAGCAAGCAACAAGUAUUACAUCAAGGGUACCAUUGAUGGAUAUAAAGUUAGAGCAUGCAGCACCCUCUAUAGUCAAUGAACCAUACAAUAUUCUAGCAACUAUCACAAAUAUGGAGAAAACUGUAGUAAAGAAUGCAAGCAUAACAAUGGGACUACAGGAAGGACAGGAUUCGCUGCUGGAGCAAACUACUCAAGUCAGUGAAAAUAUUGCAAAUUUUGAACAGAAUCCAAGUUCAUGUAACUCCCGCUUAAAAGGAAUCAAGAUUGAUGAUUUGUCACCAGGCCAACAGAUUGUAAAACAGUUAUAUGUACGUUGCCUACAGGUGGGUAAUAGAUCUGUCAGUGUACGAGUAGCUUACACCGUUGACGCAAAAGUAAACAGACAGGGGGAACAAGUUAGUUGUACUUGUUAUAAAGAAGAAGUAGUAGCCUUGGAAACUGUCAUGCCAUUUGAUGUGUCAAUAAGGUUAACGUCAUCAAAGUUCGAAGAAGUUAGUAAUGUCCAUGCCAAUGAAAUAUUCCUAAUGAUGACGGACAUCAAAUGCACGUCGCCAUGGACACUCCAGAUUGUUGACAGUCAUCUUGCACUGUCUGAGGAUGUUAGUUUUACUGACGAAGAUGUAGAAUCCCAACUACAGGAAAUAUUAUUGAAACAAGAUGAGCAAGCAUGUGAAUGUAUGAGCUUAAUCACCAAUGGCAACAAGUGCAAAACAACUGUGAGUCUUGGACAAUAUACAAUUCACUGGAGAAGAGCAUCUGAUGAUUUGAGCCAGCCUAUUGUCAAGACAGAGAUGGCGCUGCCUGACAUAUCCGUAGAGCGUCUACCCUUGCACGUCAAUACUGAUCUUCCCUCACAUGGCCUUGUUCGUGUGCCACUACCAAUGCAAUUCACUAUUUUUAAUGACACAGACGUAGUGCAGAAUAUUGAAGCCAGUAUUGAUCCAAGUGAUGCGUUUAUGUUCUCAGGCCAUAAACAGGUGUUCUUCAGAAUCCUACCAUCAGAUGACCAAACCCUACUGUACAACCUUUACCCUCUAAUGCCAGGGUACGUAAAGCUUCCCAGACUGCACCUCAAGGCCGCUCAAGCUCCUAGUUUAACUGAUGAAGUCAUUGGUAAAAUGAUACCAUCUCAUAUUUACAUCAAGCCUCAAGGAAAGACGUACAGUACCUGAUCUAUUUGACUAACUAAGCGUGAAACAAAUCCCUGUGCUGGAGAAAAGUUUUCAUCAAAUUGUAAACAUAUAUUGCGAUAUAUAAUUGCACUUAUCUAUAAAAAUGUGAAAGGAAUUAUAAAAUAGUUAUAUAUCAGAUAGAAAUCUACUUUUUGAGUAGGUUUUUAAGAAAUCAGCGCUCUGAGACUUAGUUGUAUAGAGCGCUAUGUAAGAGCCUACUUAUUAUUUUUAAUUCAAAUCAUGUUUUUAUAUUUAGCCACUCAGUUCAGUUUCCUUGAAAAUGAACGUUUAAGUAUUUGUUACCAGUUUUAAAUCUCCUAUUUUAUUCUGUUUAAUUUUUUAUGACUAAAUGUACUAAAUUGUAUUGGAUUUUCUUUGUUUGAACUUUAUUAUUAUUUAUAAUGUUAUUUUCAUAUUAUUAAUAGUACUGUUAUUAUUAAUUCAAACAAUAGGUAAUUUUAUCGAAAAAAAGUCUGUCUCAUUGGAGGUUGAUAAUUUAUGCAAAUGAGGAAUGACCUUUCUGCUAUAGCCUACCCAUUGGAUAUUGUGCUAAGGUCACACAAAAUGAAUAUGUGUUUGUGGGACAUGUGCGUAUCCCUGACCCGGUUCUGAUAGGCCAGUUGCUGAGUUUUAUUGACUAUCUUGAAAGGUCCAUUGUAUAGGAUUUUACCACAGAAUAUAUAUCAUCAAAGCAUAUACAGUAAUUAGGCCUAGGCCUAUACAUUUGUUUUGAAUUAUACAGGUUGAAAUAAUCAUUUUUUAUAAGGUAGAUGUAUGAAAAAGCAUAAUAGUAAAUUGAUCCUAUUCCUUGUUUGUUUCUAUUGAUUAUGUUAUAACGACUAUGAAAUUUAAUUAUUUGUUAUUGUGGGUAUUAAUAUUAUGUAUGAAAAUUGCAAUAUUAGAAUAAAGUUAUGGCGCUCUUAGCAUCAUUAUGUGUUUGUUAAUGUUA